UCAAUCUAAAGCUAACAACAUCUAUUCGAAGUUUUUUGACUUUUUGAAAAGAAAUCUAUCUCUUAAUUUGAUUCUCUAACAAUUUAUAUACAUAAUAUAUAUGACGUAUCGUUGGGCUGCUUGUAUAUGCCUGUGUUUUUGUGUUCUCAUCAUCGGAGCAAUUGUGUGUCCAAUCCUAUUUUUAGCCGUCUUUCCAUAUCAACACAUGAAGUUUCAUGUCAUUGAUGCUUCUUUAACAGAGUUCUACUUAACCGGUGAUGAUAUACUUCAUUAUAACCUCACAGUAAACAUCUCUAUCAGGAACAGUAACAAGAUUGAGCGUAUUUCUUAUCGGAUUAUUCGUUUUAAUCUUUCUGGUUACGGUAAGGAUUUGGCUUCGGUUUCUUUGCCGUCUUUCCUGCAAGGCACUAAGAAUACAACAUUAGUCCAUCCUGUUUUUCAGGGACAAACAUCACUCAUACUACGGGGUUCUCAUUUUAAGGAUUUCAUUCAUGAUCGGAAAGAGGGAAGCUUUAGCAUUGAUGUAGAUCUCUACCUUAUAACACAAUUGAAGUAUGCUGGUGGUGGAAAGGGCGACAAAAUCAGUUUCACAGUUGGCUGUGGAUUAUUCAGACUCAAUUUGUUGGGUUCUUCUUCUUCUUUAAGUAAUCAAACAGGAAUUGGUGGCUUAUUUAAAACUAAGAGGUGCAAAGUACAUACCGACAGAAUUUACAAUCUUAGAAUUUUCUUUUAUUUUUUAAUUUCGUUUAUUUUUAUUACUCUCUUUUCCUCCUGUAUCAGCAAACUUUUACAAUCUUAGAAUUCACCUUUCGGUUUCUUCUUCGUGGAUUAUCCAACAUAGUUAAAUAGAUAAGGAUGAAAAUGGCUUUGUAUGUAUUUCAAGCUAGCCAUGGGAGAUUGGGAGGUUGAUAAAUGUUGU